AUGAUUGUUUACAUUCGACAUAGAUCACCUGACAUGUGUUUUGUUUUCACAAUAGAUCUGCGGUAUUCUCUGAUAUUGCGGUGCAUUUUCUUCGUUCUCAUCGCGGUUGCAAGGGGCCGGUAUGAAAAUGUUAACGUGAAACAGGACUGGUGGGAGAACGCUGUUUUCUAUCAAAUAUAUGUCAGGUCGUUUAUGGAUAGCGAUAGUGAUGGCAUCGGGGAUAUUAAUGGAAUAACAUCACGAUUACAGUACCUAAAAGAUUUAGGUGUUGAUGCAAUGAUUUUGGCGCCAAUUUUCAAGUCGCCAAUGCACGACUUCGGUUUCGACGUAACUGAUUAUUACACAGUACAUCACGAAUACGGUACGACAGAAGAUUUCGAAGAGCUCGUGAAAAAAAGUAGAGAAUUCGGCAUGAAGAUAAUUUUGGACUUCGUACCAAAUCACACAAGUAAUGAAAGUGACUGGUUCGUUAAGUCUUCGCAUAAAGACGAGUACUACAGCGACUGGUAUAUUUGGGAAAACGGCCAUCUCGAUUCCUCUGGGUUAAGGCGUCCACCUAAUAAUUGGAUAAGUUCUUUUAGAAAAAGCGCUUGGACAUAUGUACCAAGUAGAGAUCAAUUUUAUCUCCAUCAAUUCGGAGACUCCCAGCCAGACCUUAACUACCGGAACCCGGUUCUAGUUGAAGAAAUGAAGACCCUAAUGAAAUACUGGCUGGAAAAAGGAGUAGCGGGUAUAAGACUCAGUUCAGUUAACUAUUUGGUGGAAACGGAUAAAGAUCUGUAUGGCGGACGAUACCCUGACGAACCCAUGACAGGAAAACCUGGAGUAUAUGCGGAUGAUUACAAUUAUCUAGAGCAUAUCUAUACUAAGGAUCAGGGCGAAAACUACGAUCUUAUCUCACAGUUUCGGGAAGCAUUAGAUGCUAUAACUAUACGAGAUAAUGUUACCAGGGUCUUGAUGACUGAAGCCUGCACGGGAAUAAAAAAAUCAGUAAAGUUCUACGGGGAAGGCGUUCAUCUAGGAGCCCAUAUUCCACUCAACUUCGCACUAUUGAAGGACGUUGGUAAAGAGUCAGAUGCGCGAGACAUUAAGUAUGCCACUGACAGAUGGUUGACCUAUAAACCGUUAAGGAAACCAGCGAAUUGGAUGACUGGUGCUCAAGAUAAGAGCCGCCUGGCAUCGCGGUUCCGUUCCGAGUUGGUAGACUCUUUCAAUAUGCUUGUUCUACUUUUACCAGGAAUUGCUGUAACUUACAUGGGCGAAGAGCUAGGGAUGGUAAAUGGAUUCGUUCCGUGGAGUGAGACGAGAGACCCGCUGGCCUGCAAUACGGACGACCCUGUAAAUUUCAUUGAAGUAACCCGCGACCCCUUUCGAACCCCAUUUCAAUGGAACAACGGAAAGAACGCCGGUUUUUCUGACGCGGAGAAGACCUGGUUGCCAGUAGCAGAAGGCUACGAACACAUAAAUGUUGCCAGUGAGCAGGCGGCCGUUCGAUCACAUUACCAGGUGUUCAGGUCUCUCACAACACUACGAGCAAGACCGGCUUUUCGUCUGGGGCGGUACGAGUCUUUAGCUCUGAAUAGCGAUGUUUUCGCUUUUAAGAGAUGGUAUAACGAUGACGCCUAUGUAAUCGUUAUGAACGUUGGUAAAGGAUACCAAGUGGUCAACCUGACAGCUUUUGACCUGAUCUUCGGGCAAUUAGAAGUGGAAGUUAGUAGUGUGCUCUCAUCGAGGUCUUAUGGUGACAACGUGCAAGCUAACUAUUUGGAUUUAGCAGCGGACGAAGCUGUUGUGUUACGGAUGCAAGUGUAA